CACACCUAUGAGUAAAGAGAGAGUGGGGAAGAAGGUUACGAGUGAGAAAUGGGGCACAGAGAACCCAUUACAGGCCGUUGUGUUAGCAGAUAGCUUCAACUACCGUUUCCUUCCCAUUACCCUCGAAAAACCAAGAGCUCUGCUUCCUCUGGUCAACACUCUGUUGAUCGACUACAGCCUGCAGUUUCUGUCAUCUGGUGGCGUAGAGCAGGCGUUCGUCUUCUGUUGUGCUCAUGCCGACCAGAUACGGACACACCUCCAGCAUUCAAAAUGGACGAAAUCAAACUCACCACUUGAGGUACAGACGAUCAUAUCGGAAGGAUGUCUUUCAACGGGCGAUGCAUUGAGGGAGAUCGACAGUAGGUCUCUUAUAAAAAGUGACUUUGUGUUGGUGAGUGGUGAUCUCGUAUCGAACAUGGAUCUGGAGAAAGCUGUUCGAGAACACAAAGAGCGGAGACAAACCAUUAAGGAUUCUGUCAUGACGAUGAUAUUCAUGGCUGCUUCACCUGGCCAUCGUACGCGUUGUUAUCAAGACGAUCUCGUAGUGGCUAUCAAUCCGGCGUCUAAAGGUCGGUUGUUGCAUUGGCAAAGGACAAAACGCCAGACACGACUUCACUUUCCGCUUGACCUGUUUUCGGGGAAUGCUGCAGUUGAGCUGAGAUACGAUCUGUUGGAUUGCCACAUGAGCAUAUGCUCUCCUCAAGUACCUCAGCUGUUUACUGACAACUUCGAUUAUCAAGACCAGGAUGAUUUUGUACGUGGUAUACUAGUCAGUGAAGAGAUCAUGGGUAACCAGAUACACACUCACAUUGUGAAAGAUGAAUAUGCUGCCAGAGUAUCAAAUCUUCACAGUUACGAUGCCAUUUCGAAAGAUGUUAUCCAUCGUUGGACGUACCCUUUGGUACCAGAUGUUAGACAGGAAGAAAGACAAGGUGCUUAUAGUUACAGCAGACGGAACGUGUACCUUCAUAAUACUGUUAAACUAGCACGGGACUGUCAUCUCGAACAGGAUGUUGUUGUCGGUCAAGAAUCAAGUGUGGGGAAUGGAACGACCAUUGUAAGCUCGGUGAUUGGUCAACGGUGUCGCAUUGGUUCAAAUGUGUGUCUGAAUGGUGCACACAUAUGGAACGAUGUUGUGAUAGGAGACAACGUGGGAAUUAAGAAGUCGAUCCUUUGUGAUCAUGUAAAUGUCGAAGCGGGUGCUAAGAUACCAGAAGGUUGCAUUAUUUGUUUUGGCGUUAUUAUUGGAUCAGAUUGUAAACUAAAACCGGGCAGCAAAGUGACUUUGAUGAAAUCCAGGGAUGAGACCAUACAAGCUUGUGGAUUAGGUGAUGGUAGCCUUGGUUUUCUGUGGUCUUCAAGCAGCAGCAAACAGGAAGAUGGCACCGAUGUGAUAGAUGAAGUGUGGCCAGCUGAUGCUACAAGGUGUGACAGCGAGAGCUCGGACUCAAGCUCCGAUGCAUCAUCACGAUGUAUUAGCCCUAAUGCUAUACAACUAGGUGGUGAGGCUGGUGAUGCAGAUCACAAUGUCUUCUACUUAGAAGUUGUAGAAAGCAUUCGGAAUGGGAUUGCUGAACGCGUUUCUGUGGAUAAUAUGAUUCUGGAGGUGAACUCAUCCAAACACGCCUACAACAUUGCCAUCAGUGAUGUUCCUGCCAGCAUUUUGAGGGCAAUUCUCUCCGGACCACAGCAGGCCAAGCACAAUCAUCAGACUCCAAAGGAGCUGCUUACCUAUAGCAGAGAGGCAUUAGAAUAUCUGUCUCCAUUGUUGCAGAAUUAUGUCAAGUCACUCGAGUCUCAACUUCAGCUUAUCCAGUCUCUUGAAGAGCUAGCUUUUUCGAAUGAGACUGUAAGUGUUGUGUUUAUGGGAAUCCUUCGUUCCCUGUAUGACAGUGACAUUAUCGAAGAAGUUGCCAUUACUAAAUGGAAUGCUUCUCCAGUUGACUCUGGCAAUAAAGACACAUAUCAACACCAUGAAAGAAUGAAGAAACAAGCUCAGCCAUUUUUGCUGUGGUUAGAACAGGCAGAGGAGGAGAGUAGCAGUGAUGAGUAACAUUUUCUUGCUGAUUUUACCAUACACAUGUGACAGACAGUAUAGCAAAUGACGGUUUGCUUUGUACUGGACUGCGUGCAAGAAGAUCGUGUAAGAUUGGCUAUGA